AAGCAGAGGAAAGAUACAAAAUACACUCCGCGAAAUACAGAGACUUCAGAGAAGUUACAGACCUUAAUAUACCGCCACUAUUUUAGAAUAAACCUAAACACCACUUAAAAGAAGCAACGUUGGGGAAAGGGAAGAGGACGCUCCAGUAAUACAGAGUGAGCGUGAUACAUUGUAUCAAGCUUGUUCCAACUACUUGGCUACUAAGUAACGAAAUCUAUUGACGUUCGAUCCCACGAGGGCAGAAAGCAGAGUUCAUGUGUGAUAUAUACAGCCUGGAUUCUCAGUGCGUGUCUCCACAAUGCAACAUGAGUUGGGCGAUGGAGCCUACAAACUUCUACGACAAUAAGCUGAGCAGCGGUCUUCAGGGGGUCUGCAAACCCGGGAGAAGUGAUCAUGGCACGGGCGAGGACACAACCAUGGCCGAGCUGAACACAGCCCCUGCAAUGUACGACGACGAGAGUGCCAUCGACUUCAGCUCCUACAUAGAGUCGAUGACAGCAGUACCACACCUGGAACUCUGCAACGAUGAACUUUUUCUUGACUUAUUCAACACUGUGAAGCAAGAGAAGACAGACUUCUACAUGCCAAGCUCGACUACGUCGUCCAGCAAUAUGCAGCAGCUGUCAAACUGUUCAAACAACGCAUACGCAGUUGGAAGCCAAAAAGAGUUCGAGAGGAAGCUCAAGGGUGGAUUUGACAACAAGGGGGUCUUCAGUGCACCGAUUAAACAGGAAUCGGACUGGAGCGACAAUGACAUGUCCUCGUCGUUACCUUCCCAGAUCAAAAACUGCGCGCAGACCUCCGUGAGCCUUCCCAUGGGACAACCAACUCCACCAUCAACCCCAGAGCCCCUCUCAAGCCAAUCAGCCCACUCCUCUCCUCGGAAGGUCGGCAAGGAGAAAGGGAAGAAGAAUUUUGACAGGUACAGCCAAGAGUACCGCCAGAGACGUGAGAGGAAUAACGUUGCAGUGAGGAAAAGUAGGGACAAAGCAAAGCAACGCAACGUGGAAAUGCAGCAAAAAAUGCUUGAACUGGGUUCAGAGAAUGACAGAUUACACAAAACUAUCGAUCAACUAACCAGUGAGCUCACUGGCCUGAGAGAUUUCUUCAAGCAGCUUCCCAAUCACAGCUCCUCGUUUUUGGGGACCACGGGUGGGGCCAGGCGGUGACCAAUUAAUCUUACUUUCUAAUUAACUGAACUUUUGAAAUACAUACCUCAACACAGACUUACCAUCUGUAACAGAUGCAUUAUAAACAAGCUUACAUUUAUGGCACUGGAAAUGUACUGGAAACGUAGGCUUCCUCCCAUAUUGUUGCCAUAAUCUUUUUGGGGGAUUUUUUUUUUCUAUAUUAAAUUAUUUUACUACUUCAUUUAGUUGUUGUUAUACCAGAUAUGGUACAUGUUUUAUAAUUCCAAACUUUGUAAGAGCAAGAGCAUGUUUGAAUUUUAUAUAGUUUAUAUAAAAAAAAACAUUAAAUAUUUGUCUUAUGGAAUCUCUAAUAAAAGUGCUGAAAAGUCAUACAAAUCAA